AUGUGGGAGGCCGACUCGUGGCCUGCCGCCUCUCGUCUCCUGGACAGUCGCGCGCCCGAUGCCACGACGCCCUAUCACUGUCCCUCGUACAAACUGCCCGCCCAUGGCACCAUUGAGAUUUCGCCCGGCAACACAAUCACCCUCACCGAAAGCGCCCUCUUCCGUCCCCUGUGCUCCAACACGCCCGGCGGCAACACCAUCGAAGAUGGCACCGGCGGCGUCACCAGCAUCGCCGACAUGCGCGACCCCUUCCACGCCUCCAUCACCCCUCAGGCCUAUGCCACAGGCGCUGCCACCGUUAUCGCCUGGAUGCUCGUAAUCAUGCUCAUCAUCACGCCGCGCACCUUCUUCGUCGGCAAUGCCUCUGGACGGUCAGGCCUCAUGGGACGCCGUGGCAUGAUUAGCGGUGCUUCAGGAGGAGGAUCCAUCAUUGGCGUGGGCAGCCGCCCAUGGCUGCAAAAGGCCGCAGCCCUGACCGUCGCCAUAUCGCUUACGCUCGCCACUGCCGACACCUUCAAGAUUGCCGAGCGCCAGUACGAGGACGGUUUCAUCGAUGCCAUGGAGCUACGUGACCAGGUCGUCGCUGGAAUGGAAAUCAAGGUUUCGCGUGUUGUGUCCGACAUAUUCCUAUGGCUCGCCCAAGUCCAGACUCUGAUACGCCUGUUUCCACGCCACAAAGAAAAAGUCAUCAUCAAAUGGGUCGGUUUUGCCCUUAUCCUCCUCGACAUCCUGUUCAGCUGCCUCAACAGCUUUGGUCCCUAUGAGAACUCGCGCCGCCCCGCACAUUUCGACACUGCCAUUCCCGCACUUAGUUACCUGUUUCAAUUAUCUCUAAGUAUGCUCUACGCCGCCUGGGUCAUGUACUACGCCAUUACCAAGAGACGAUAUGCCUUUUACCACUCGAUGAUGUGGAACAUGAGCGUCAUCUCGCUUGUAUCGAUUAUUGCCAUACUAACACCAGUCGUUUUCUUCAUUACUGAUAUCGCAAACUACACCAUUGCCGGAUGGGGAGACUACUUUCGCUGGGUGGGGGCUGCCGCUGCUAGUGUUAUUGUCUGGGAGUGGGUUGAAAGAAUUGAAGCUCUGGAAAGAGAAGAGAGAAAAGAUGGAAUUUUGGGAAGAGAAAUUUACGACGGAGACGACAUGCUGGACAACAGUCCAUCCGAUCACAGCUGGCCUUCGAAGCGCAAACACCAGUCAUCAGAAAAAUCCAACAAAAAAAACGGCCGCCCAGGAGACGACAAAGGUGCAAGCGGAGGUUUUGGUGUUUUUACAUCAGCUCAUGCCGCUCGCUUCAACACCUUUGCACAGAAAUUCGGGCGAAAGAUGACGGAAUCGCCACGAGCAGAAGCACGCAAGAGACGCACCAUUCACAUUCCCGCCCCACCUCCUGUAGCGCGACGGUCAGCAUCUACAACACGCGCAGACCGUAACUCGCGCUCCUACGUCCGGGUACAUACCCCACCUCCAGUACCCGUCAUUUCUUCGCCCGUUAGCAGGACAGACACCACCAGUGCCGACUCAACAGUUUAUACGGUACGCUAUCAUCCUAUCAGUGACACACCACCACUACCCCACCCUGCACCCGCAGACCGCCGGAUAGUAGAUUACGAGGCGCAACAACAACAAACGCAACAACAACCACAACAACCGCAAGAACAAAAACCGCUACCAAGCCAACCAGCCGACAUAGAAGAUCCCGAAAAGGGUGCCGAUAUUGAAGAGGCCAGUAUCACUCCCAACAAAGGCAAGUGGCAGUGGCAAGGACUCGGCAAUGCUUUCCGCAGGAAGGGAAAGACACCGCCUCGGGAACUGCAAAGAGGCCAGGUGAUUGAACCACUUGUUGUUGACGAUGUAGCUGCAAACAUACCACCACGCACCUACAACGGACUGGCUCUGGGAGACCGACUCGGCACAUUUGCCGCACAGCAAAGCGAGAAGCUAAGGUCUAAGAAGAAGAACGGGUCGCAACAGGAGAUGCAGCUGCCUGUGACGAUUAUUCCUGCACAACCUCGUGGGCAGACUUGGUCUCCAGACAUUAUCCGCCAGCAACAAGAAGAGGCUCAGCAAGAGGAAGCAUUUACCAGGGCAGGCAACCAUCUUGGAAGACCAGCGACGACGGCGGAUGCAGAAGUGACUGAUUCGAGCGAAAUUGCGCAUCUCUCCACCUCAUCACCACAUUCUCAACGCAAUCCUCGGAUUCGAUUCUCACCAGGAAUCCUGCGUGAGCAGCAGCAGCAACAGCAGCAGCAGCAAAGCAGUGGUGAUACCCUAGGAACGGAGGUACGGCAGUCAUUGUCCACACCAGCGACAAGGUUGGCGCAAGAUGAGAGCACAUCGGUUGUUGACUUCAGCGCGCCUCAGCAGCACAGCCGGACGGACCACGAGAGGUAG